GCGCGGGAGCCUUUCGACUGGGGACCUGCGAGCAGCAGAGAAUGGCGCUGGUUCCCUGAAGCAAGAGUCCCGGAGGUAAGCCUGAGGCGGCCGCGCGGCCGACAUGGCCUGCUGUCACAACGUCAUGCUGCUGCUGGACACCGCGGGCGGCGCCGCUGGGGAAAGCCCGGUGCGGCGGGCCGCCCUGCGCCUCCUCACCUACCUGAGUUGCCGGUUCGGCCUGGCCAGGGUCCGCUGGGCCUUCAGGUUCUUUGAUUCGCAGGGGGCGCGGAGCCGGCCUUCUCGCGUGUCGGACUUCCGCGAGCUGGGCGUCCGCUCGUGGGAGGACUUCGAGGAGGAGCUGGAGGCCAGGCUCGGGGAUGGCGCCCGCGGCGCCCACCUGCCGGGCCCCGCUCCGCGCGCCACCCACACACACAGCGCCCUGAUGGAGACGCUGCUAGACUAUCAGUGGGACCGGCCCGAGAUCACGUCGCCCACGAAGCCGAUCCUGCGCAGCAGCAGGCGAAGACUGCUGGACGUGGAGGGCGAGACUAAGGAGGCGGCGUCGGCGCUCGGGAGCUUUGUGAACGCAGUCUUCCUCCUGGGCCCCUGUCCGCACUCGCAGAGGGAGCUGCUGCAGUUCGUGGCCGGGUGCGAGGCCCAGGCCCAGCGCCUGCCGCCCUCCCCGAAGCAGGUGAUGGAUAAGUUGCUGCCCAGGAGAGUCCAGGAGGUCAUGAUCGCCCGGAAAAUCACCUUGUACUGGGUGGAUACCACCGAGUGGCCUAAGUUGUGGGAAUCCCCAGACCAUGUUGGGUAUUGGACAGUAUGUGAACUGCUCCACCAUGUAGGAGGAACGGUCUUGCCAUUUGAAAUUUUCAGCCAGAAUUUUACUAAGACUGGGGGAAUGCCGCUGGGGAGUGAAAGCAAGCUGUUUAGGGAACCUCGCCUCUCUUCCUGGAUUUCAACUCUACCAACUGAUUCCACUUUAAACUGCUUGCUCUAUAACUCUCAUGAGUAUGAAGCCUUAUUUCCACGGAUGGAAGGAACAUUAUUUCUCCCUGUUGAAGGCAGAGAGACUCAGGAAACAUGGACAGUAACGCUAGAGCCCUUGGCCAUGUAUCAGAGACAUUUUCAGAAACCAGUCCGAAUUUUCCUAAAAGGCACGGUGACCAAGUGGUCCCUCCCAACAAGUGGUCCUUUAAGCACUGAUAGCUGGAUGCUACAAAGUCUGGAGGGGAACAGAUCAACUCAAAGGAUGUUAUUUCAGCAGCUGGUAAACAGGCUGGCUGCUGAAGAGUUACAUCUGGUUGCCAGUGUAGACCCUGGCGAAGGCUGGCCUCCCAUCACUGGAGUUAUCUCCCCCUUCUCUGCCAGUGCAACAGUUCUCACUGUGUUCCACGCCAAGGAGACUGAAUUUCAAAGACACUUUGUCCAAACAGUGCUGGCAGAGAGCCCCCAGGAUUCAGCUUCCCUUCUUUCCGAAGUUAUGGAUGGUGUGUUGAAUCAGAUUCACCAUUCACUUGAAGAUCCUGCUACCUCUGCUCCACCUGUUCCAGAAUGGGCCCAGCAGGAGCUUGGCCGCACCACUCCCUGGAGUUCGGCUAUUAUGGAGAAGUGGUUUCCUUGCUCUAACUUAAGCGGUGCCAGUUCAAAUUUGAUGGAAUCAUUUUGGUUACUACAGGCUGCCUCGUCUAAUAAGGAAGAGUCUUCCAAAACUGAAAGUGAAUUGACACGUUGCCUCUCUGAGUUCUACCAGGGAAAGUCUCGUGAGGAAUCCACUGGAUACAAUCAGGAAGACAGCAGAAAGAAAAGAGGUGUCCCUCGUACUCCAGUGAGACAGAAGAUGAAUACCAUGUGCCGCUCCUUAAAGAUGCUGAACGUUGCAAGACUGAAUGUAAAGGCUCAGAAAUUACAUCCAGAUGGCAGUCCGGACACAGCUGGGGAGAAGGGGAUCCAAAAGAUAGCCAGUGGAAGAACAACAGAUAAAUUGGAAAACAGAGGAAGAACACUAAGAAGUUCUAAACCUAAAGGUUUUAAAACUGAGGAGGAGCUACUAUCUUACAUACAUGAAAAUUACCAGAAGACUAUGGCCACAGGAGAAAUCACGUUGCAUUCAUGUGCUUGGAACAUGAUCUCAAACAUUAAAGCAUUCCUAAAGUCCAGAGGCCCCAAGGAAUUGGACAUGAAUUGCCUAUAUCAAGUUAGAAACAACCUCUUAAAAACUAGCAAAAGUCUUCGACAGAAUGUAGGAAAACUGGAUAAAGAGGACAAAGUCAGAGAAUGCCAGCUUCAGGUAUUUCUUCGUUUGGAGCUGUGUCUGCAGUGCCCUUCAAUACAUGAAAGUAUAGAUGACAUGGAGCAGGUAGUGGAGGAGAUGACAGAUUUGCUGCGCAUGAUGUAUUUAACUGAAGAUUCAGCAUACCUAGCAAAGUUUUUGGAAGAAAUUUUGGGAUUGUAUAGUGACUCAAUCCCAGAGACACUUGGAAAGCUUUACAACAGCCUGGGAUUUGUGAUUCCUCAGAAGCUGGCUGGUGUCCUUCCUACAGAUUUUUUCAGUGAUGACUCCAUGACUCAGGAGAGCAAAUCACCCCUUUCUGUGCCUCUUAUGUCAAGUGCUCAUAGAUCAGUGUCAGGUGGCACUGAAUCAGACCAACUGGAAGAGCUUCGUACCAGAUCAGCUAAGAAGAGAAGGAAAAAUGCAAUAAGACAUAAAAGCAUUGCAGAAGUUUCACAAAAUCUUCGACAAAUUGAAAUUCCCAAAGUGUCCAAGAGAGCUACAAAAAACGAGAAUUCUCAGCCUAGUCUUCAGCAGCCUCCACUCCCAGUGAAAGAAACUGUACAAGAAGUGACCAAAGUUCGAAGAAAUCUCUUCAACCAGGAAAUGAUUUCUCCUUCAAAGAGAUCCGUAAAGCGGGGGUUGCCUAGAAGCCAUUCUGUGUCAGCUGUGGAAGGUCUUGACAACUUCAAAAGGACUAAAGGUUUUCGCAAGCUGCUGACUAAGAGUGUGGCUGAGACUCCAGUACAUAAGCAAAUCUCCAGAAGGCUACUUCAUAGACAGAUCAAGGGCAGAUCCUCUGAUCCCGGUCCUGAUAUUGACGUUGUUGAAGAGUCUCCGGAAAAAGGAGAAGAUGAAGUAAGUUUGAGACGAAGUCCUCGAAUCAAGCAACUAUCAUUCAACAGAACAAAUUCUGGUUCCUUCUACUCUGUGUCUCAGCCAAAGUCUCGAAGUAUACAAAGAGUUCACUCCUUCCAGCAAGUCAAGUCAGACCAAAGAGAAAAUUCUCCAAUCCAAAGUAUUCGGUCUCCCAAGAGGCUUCUUUUUGGGGCAGUGUCUGAGAUGAUCAGUCCCUCAGAGAAGGGUUCAGCUCGAAUUAAAAGGCCUUCAGGAAACACAAUGGAUUCUGCAAUGCUUACAGCUUAUCAGACUCCUGAGAAGAGGUCCUGGAAAUGUCCAAGUUCUAAAGCAACACCAAGAAGAUACCCUCAUACACCGCAAACUCCACUGCACACCCUGGAGAGGCUGCAAGGCUCCCCUGCAGAGAUGACCCCAGCCAAACAGGUCAUAUUUAAGGAGUUCUUAAAAGACGACUCCUCACACAGCUGGGAUUCACCAUGUCAAUCAAAAGUCACUCCUCGGAAAGGACUCUCCCUAGUAGAAGGUGCUUCUCCUCUUAAAACGAUACUGAGAACUCCCCAAAGGCCAGGUAGUCAGCUGCCUAGAUUUUUGCAGAAUUCUACCUGGCCAUCUUUGGUGAAUUCCAGUCCAGAAAGCACCUCCUGUUCAGCAGCCGUGGUUCCAUCAACUGCCCAGACCAGGGGUGAGUGUCUUACUCCCAUCAGAUACUCUCCUCGAACACCUUCGAGGGCGGCAGCCCUAAGGGUACAAGGAGAAGCCGCCUUCAUGGGCACACCACCAACUCAGAAACACCAACUCCCCUGGGGCUCCGCAGCAUCUCAGGCAGAGAAACUGGCACGGCAGAGGAAGGACGAAGCUGUCAAAACCCCAGGCAGACCAGGGGACACAGCUCUGACUUCUCCAAAGAAGCCCCUUACCUCUUCUUUAUGUGCUGUUUCCAAGAGCCCUUUUAGGAAAUUGCCUGUAGACUCUCCUCCCCCUGGAGAACGGGAUUGGCGAGAGGUCCAGAAAUCAGCCAACACAGCCCCAUCUCCCUGCUGUCCUCCUUCGACGCCCUCCAAGAUCUGGCAGAGAGCCAGGCCCGCCCCCCGGCCUCCGCCGCCCCCUUCUAAGACUGGGACAGGACCUAGAAAGGCCUCUAAAGCUCAAAGCCGCUUCCUGGAAGGCCAGCCUCACAGUUCUGCUGCCCUGAGGGCUGCCAUGACCGACAGCCCAGCUCCCAUCACCAACAGCCCAGCUCCCAUCACAGACACGAGAAGGAAGCAGGAGGAAGCCGCCCUCUCCCCUCUACCUUCUCCAGAAAGCCAUAGUCACCAUGCGGCAGACUUCGGGGAUGACUGGUGUGCGUCCCCUCAGCUGCUUACUGCCAGAGACUCGGCCUUUCUCACUCUGCUGGAUGAAGCCCAGCACCGCGGCAGUGAGAACUUGAAAAGCAGCGUUGACCCCGUAGAAGAGGGCGAGGCGUCCAGAACAGUGGCUGCAGAUGAGAAGCCGUCACCGCGUCACCCUGGCAUUCCUCCGCCUUCUCCCUCCUCCGAGCCCAGCUCCCCUGCGACCCCCUCCUAUGACCUGCGCUGCACCGCAGGCAGGAGGCAGCGCCGGGCUGCCGCCCAGCUAGAGACUCUGCGAGCAGCGUCCUGGCCCUCCCGGGCCUCCCCCGGCCCGCAGACCUACGAGGUGGAGCUGGAGAUGCAAGCCUCUGGUCUGCCCAAGCUGCGGAUUAAAAAGGUGGACCCUGGCUCUCUGUCCGAAGCCGAGACCCUGCGAGGGGAGGAGAGCGCCCUCCCCGGGCUCAGCGUACCCAGGCCCAGCAAGUCCUCAGGCAAACCCGAAGCCACCUACCUGUCACCCCCCUGCCUUCGUCCCUCGCACAGCACCCCCGGCAAGAGCAGGGGACAGACCUAUAUCUGCCAGUCCUGUACUCCCACCCGCUGCCCCUCCAGCACCCCCUCUCCAUUUCAGACAGACGGUGUCGUUCCUUGGACACCGUCCCCCAAGCACAGCGGGAAGACCACCCCCGACACGAUUAAAGACUGGCCCCGCAGGAAGAGAGCGGUGGACUGCAGCCUCGGCCCAUCUGCCGGGAGGGGCGAGGUCAGUGGGGACCUCCCUGGGGGCGUGUGGCUGCUGGAGCCGGAGGGGAAGGAGCAAGGCCUUGGACUCAGCAUCACCAAGACCCCCAUCCUGGGGGACUUUGAGCUCGGAGUGUGUAAGCUGCCAGACCAGUCGCCUCCCAGGGACAGUGUGCCUAAGGCAGAGGAAGCCGCCUCCUGGGGACAGUUUGGGCUGGGGUCCAGGAAGAGAUUCCUUUCAGCAGAGGGGGAAGCUGAGGGUCAAGCCAAAAGGGUCUGCGACGAGCAGAAAGGAGACUCAGAAGUCACUAGGAGUGAGGAGACAUCUCCAGGCACCAGUGCGCGGCAGCUUCCCUCCUCGGGAGAGGAUGACGAGGUGUUUGCUUCAGGUGCCACCCCGCCUCCCAGCUAUGCCGUGAGGAGCUGCCUCUCUGCCAGCAGUCUGCAGGCGCUGACCCACUCUCCGCUGCUAUUCCAGACGAAGAUGCCCUCCUCUCGGGGGAAAGACGCCAGAGAAGAGGAUGUAGAAGUAUUUCCCUCUGCAGCAGAAGACUCUCCCUUCAGCCGAGCAUUCUCCAGGAGACGUCACAUCAGCAGAACAUAUACACGGAAAAAGCUGAUUAGCUAAUUAGCGUGGGACUGGUUUCGGGACUAACCACAAACACUACAGAGCUUGUCCAGAGCCACUGCACUCCCUGACAGGACACGUGCUCUGUAAGCAGUUUCCUCUGGACAUAGAAGGAAUUCUAGACACGUACCAGAAAAGAAUUCUUAGCCAUAUAUCCAGAAAUUCGGUUCAUCUGAGCCAGGGCCCUGCUGGUCCCUUCAGCAUAUGUAACCCUCAGCUUGCUGCACAGAAACUAGAAUAACCAGGGCUUAAUGGAACUGAGGAAAUGGAAAACAUGAUGGUGAGGUCAGCCAGGUCCACGAGGUCAUAAAGGGGGGCCUGGCCCCGAGCCUCCUGAAACCGUGAUCAGCUCUCCCUCUCAUGGAAUCCGUCCAGUCCCAAGCCCAGCCCUGACCCACCAAUGCUUGCCCCAUGGUAGGGAGGUGCUAUUGCUGGUGGCCACUAGUGAGCUACACUAGGUGUAGUUCAGAGGCCACCUAGGAGUCAAGAACCAGACAAGGAACUGUAAGACCAGGAUCCCAUUCCAGCCCCAGCCGUGAUCAUUUGCAAGUCAGACUGCUCUGCUUCACCUGUGAAAUGGGAGAGGGACCCCAGGCUGGAGGCAGACUUGGAAGCAGCAUACACAAACGGAACACGGUCACAGGGGCAGAACAAAUGUUUUGCCUUCCCUGGGGAACAAUAAAUUUAUCUCUAGCUACUGAG